GCGUCCUUCAAAAAUGCAAUAGUAGUCAAGUAUGCACAUAGGACGUCAAUGUCAAACCGAACUUGCGGAACUUGCCCUUCCACAUGUACUCGUUCGUUCGUGUACCAAAGCCCCAGUCAAAAGGCUUUAAAAAGCUGAAUAAGUCGCUCUUUUUCGACAUCCACCGAUCUUCGACUUUCUUCCCCCUCUUUUCUUUGGCCAGGUUGCCUCUUGAGCUCUUUAUUCGUUCAUUAUCUUUUUUUCCCCAGAGCGCGGCCUUAUUCAACCCCUGUCACUCCAUUCGACGUAUACGACAUGUUUGUUAGAUUCGCUGUACAACUGAUCACGGUUGCCACUUUGGCCAUCACCACAUCUGCUUCUCCCUUGGUCUCAAAGCCUGCUCAAGUGGUUGCUCGAGGCAGUCAUUCCUUCAAUGAUUGGGGUGGAUAUAGCUCCUUAAGUAACUUCGACGACUUCUACGGCUCGGAUGACUUCUGCCAUGCCCACGUUAAACAAACAGUCAUUCAGAAGGAACAGCAGGUUGUAUGCCAUUCCCAGUCCGUAGAAAUUAUCCAACAGCGCCUCGUCGUGCUCCAGGAGAUGGCCAAGAAAAUCAUCACCGAGCAGAUCUGCGAAGUCGAGACCCAGACUAUCGUCUUCUCUCAAUAUCACAGUUCACUCGGUAAUUUCUACGACGACUUAAGACGUCAUUCCGGGCUCAAAGUUGGCUACGACGACAAAGUCGCCGGCAAGUUCGGGGAUAUUGUUGGAUCCGAUGGAUCUAUUUCCACCCAAGAUCUAGGCUUCAAGGGUACAGAUGUUGGCAGUAAUGUCGUUGAGGUCGGCGGCAGUAACUGGGAUGAUAAAAAAUCCCCAGACUCCGUUGACUCAGCUUUCUUUGCUGCUCAAGGUGCAAAGUUUGGGCUAUAAGUUCGCGACAUGGCGCGAUCAGUUGGUCAUCGUCGAUUUUUACUUGAGUUUUAUGGGACGCUUUCUGGGCUUUCGCUACCCACUGGGACUUUUUACAUACUAAGAGGGGCGGAUCGUCGUACAUUAUUGAGCCAGCAUAUAUAGUUGCUACUUGGUUAGUGCUUUGAUAAUUAUCGGCUGGUAUGAUACCUUUUCGCGCGUACAUAGGUACGCGAAACCAAGCUCAACGAAAAGCUUUCCGGCCAUUACCGC